UGGGUUCCUUGUACAAACAGCAGAUACACCUCCGAUCAAAGUUCUUCCAGUCUCAGAUGUGGUAGCAAGUGUUUGCAGGAUAUUUGACCAGGACACAGGCACCGCACGAUGAGUAGAUUUGGGCAGUGAUUUGACCGUAGGACAGAGACAGGAGCAGACCCAUUCCCAGGAACAACAAGGGGGAAACCAUUCAGGCUUUGUAUUCGAGCAACUGUACCCCAUCACCACCAUCAAUCUCUGUCAAUCUGGACAGUUUGAACUGACCCUCAGCAUAAACAUUGCUGCUCUCUCCCUUCAAUAAUUUAAUGGACCCGGUUUUGAUGAGCCAGAAUAUUUAAAGUUUUGAACCACCAGAGGCUGAACUUUCACAGCAGGAGAUUGGAUCCUGGUACUUCCAAUCAUUUUUUGCCUGGAGUUUGGAAACAUUCUGCGCUGCAGGGUACCAGCCUGCUCCGGGUCCGGGUCCGGAUUCAGUCCGGCUCUAACCCGGGUUCAGUCCAGGUUCAGUCCGGCUCUAACCCGGGUUCAGUCCGGCUCUAACCCGGGUUCAGUCCAGGUUCAGUCCGGCUCUAACCCGGGUUCAGUCCAGGUUCAGUCCGGCUCUAACCCGGGUUCAGUCCAGGUUCAGUCCGGCUCUAACCCGGGUUCAGUCCGGCUCUAACCCGGGUUCAGUCCGGCUCUAACCCGGGUUCAGUCCAGGUUUGGCCCGGAUCCAGGAGGCGGGGCUGAUUAUUUCUCUCUCCCCGACUUUGAAACAUUGAGUCCCGGAGCCGCUCGGGAUGAUCCAGAUCCGGAUCCCGUCCAUCGGCCAAGAGGCGGCUGGAGACUCGGAGAAAGUUCACACGGUUUUCCAAAUUGAAGUUCUCAACAAUGGCAGGAAACACUUGGUGGAGAGGAGAUACCGAGACUUCCAAGCUCUGCACAAAAAGUUAAAAAAAAUGACAAAGACGCCAGACUUCCCCCCAAAACGAGGCCUGAAUCGAAGACCCAAAGCCCUAGAGCAGAAGAGGAUUGGAUUGGAGGCGUAUUUACAGGGUCUCGUGUGUGACAAUCAGCAUCUGUCCCGGGAAAUCCUAGACUUCCUCAACAUCAAACAUAUCCCACCUGGAAAGCAGACCAAUACAUUGAGUAUCCUGGAACAACUUGACUUACAAAACUACAGGUGUUUCUGUCACCAGGUGGUCACUUUCACAAAGGAUGCCUUUGCUCAUCCGAAUACAGCAGAUCUGCUCCCUAAUGUGACUGUGAUGGGUGUUCUUCAGGGAUUAUACCUCUGUGAUCCUGAAACCCAGAAUGGAGUAGACUCUGCUGGAACAGUGCAAUGGCACAUUCCUGGACCAGAAAGCAUUGUCUGAUGUCUGACCUUUCACUAAUAUUUACUGUGAAAGUAGCUUUUCUCCAAGUAAAUGUCUGCUAUUGAAUAUCAUUAAACCUCAUCUUUUCCA